GUCUACUUCAUGAGCUUCGCAGAUUGCCGUGUGUUCUCGUGGAUUCGACACUCGGAUUCUGAUGUGUAGUAGAGGAGGCAUGGUUCUGUAAUCACGCUACGAAGACGACCGCGGGAUCAUUAAUGCCGUUUGAGUUUACUCGGUCGGUGGAUCAUCGCGGCAAUGGCGACAGUUCGUUUCCUCGACUAGUGUUUGCAUCUGGUCGCAACUUCACCCAACAGCAGGCUCUGGCAAGUUGUUUCUAGAGGUGGAGGAUUUGCUUUCGUUCUCGCGACAUACUCGGUGUCUCCACGAAACAUACAGCUGCCAGGGUUCAUCGCUUGGUGGUGAAGUUUGAGCGGCAGGAAGCAGGGAACCCCAAAUGGACGACCACCACGGAAGACAUUACAGUGGACACAAUUCUUACGCAGCAGGUCCCAUGGACGGAAUGACCGUUAAAGUGAGCCUGGUGUCGUUGAUCAAGCAUCACUUGCGGGAUUGGUUGUGGAUAGGGGUGAUGAUCGCCUUAGAACUGAUUAUGUACUUCAUCAUUCCACCGUUCCAUCGUUUUGUGAAUGAACCCAUGAUGGAAGAUCUGCGGUACCCCAGGAAGCCAGAGACUGUCCCGACAUGGAGUGUUGGGGUUGUUGCUGUGGUCCUGCCAUUCCUCAUUUUCGUUGUCCUUUUCAUCAAGAAUAGGAGUAUUCGAGAUUUUCACUCUGCCUUCCUAGGGCUUGCAACUGCCAUCGUGAUCACAGCCCUCUUCACAGAUUCUAUCAAGAAUCUGGUUGGAAUGCCGCGCCCGGACUUUUUCCACCGGUGCUUUCCUGAUGGUAAAGCGGAAUACACGGCUGAUUUGGAGCGGCGAGUUAUCUGCCAUCCCGGCGACGAGAGGGCUUUCCGUGAUGCUUACAAAAGUUUCCCGAGCGGCCACGUCUCAUGGGCUUUUGCUGGUCUUGGUUAUUUGUCACUCUACUUCGCUGGGAAGUUGAGUCUCUUCGACAGGAGAGGCUAUACAUCAAGAGUUUUCUGGGUCCUGCUUCCUGUACUAGCAGCUGGGUUGAUUGGAAUCACUCGGGUUAACGAUUACCAGCAUCGAUGGGUGGACAUUAUUGCUGCAGCCCUUCUUGGACUUUUCAUUGCCUACGUCUGCUACAGACAAUUAUAUCCAAGUAUCUACGCUCGAGAGUGGGCUGGGUACCCCUACGAGUAUGAGCCGCAAGGAAUCUUCAGCCACGGCUUACACGGUCCUCGAGCUGUGCCGAUGAUGAGCUCCCACCGUCCUAACGGACAUAUCACUCCCUUGGACGUGGGAGGCGCAGCGGCUGAUUUGGAGACUGGACGACAUUGAUUUCUCCAUACCAAUGCGUUUCAUCACUCAUUCUUAAACCACUGUAAAGGCACCCUGCUGAGGCAAUUGGCACUAGGAGCAGAGUCUUGCACUUGUGAAUAGAGCUCGACUGGGGUCCCAGGUAGACAUCUCGUAUCAUUGUAUUGAAGCUCAUAACAUCAAAUUGAGGAGCUUUCGUUCUGCAAUGAGAACGGUGCGUAGUAUUUAGCUUCGUAUUCAAGUGGAGUCUGAGGUAUCAGGAAUAGGGCAUUUAUUUUUUCAUGUGGCCAUCUCGAUUAGCGACGCACAGUGAUGGUUUUAGAUUGGAUGGAAAAUGAAUCGCAGAAACGGUAUAUGUUGAUAGCAAAGACAAGGGUGUCGCCUGAUGGCUGAUGUAGUGUUUAGAUUGAAUGCGAGGUUUGUGCUCAAGUAGUAUCCUUCGUUACUAUUGUAUUUGCCCGGUGAGAUAUCUUUAGAGGCAGGGCGAGGAUUAAAUCUUCUCUCUUCUCUUCCAGAAAAAUAGGUGAAUGUAGAAUACUGUGAUGUAGUCCAGGAAAAAUGGCUAAAUCUGUUGUCAUAGCUUGCAAAAAUGUACAGGCUUAUCUUCUUUCUCACAAUAAUAAAUGACUCAGUUUUGAUUUC